AAGACGGCGCGGCGACAGUCAGGCAGGACUAGGGCUCUAACGGAGCCCCGGGAAGCGGAGCACCUACUGUUCUCCCAGCGUGUCCUGUCGGGUAUAACUGGACCAUAAUGGCGACGUUGGGCCCGGAGUCAGCUCGGAGCCCCCACGGCCAGCUCAGCUCCUCCGCGGCGGCCAGCCCGCCUCCCAACCGGGGCUUGGAGAGAGCUCUGGAGGAGGCGGCGGCCAGCGGAGCCCUCAACCUCAGCUGCAGGAAGAUGAAGGAGUUUCCCCGGACAGCCGCCAACCACGACCUGAGCGAUACGGUGGAGGCAGACCUUUCAAAGAACCGGCUGACUGACGUUCCCUCGGAGGUCUGCCACCUGGUUGCCUUAGAGACACUAAACCUAUAUCACAACUGCAUCAGGACCAUCCCAGACAACAUCAUCAGCCUCCAGUCGCUCACAUCCUUAAACCUCAGUCGGAACCAGCUCAGCGCUCUGCCCACCUGUCUGUGUGGAUUACCUUUGCGGGUCCUCAACGCCAGCAACAACAAGCUGGUCAGCCUGCCGGAGACCAUCGGGCAGCUGCACAACCUCAUGGAGCUGGACAUCAGCUGCAACGAGAUCACAGCUCUCCCCCGUCACAUCGGCAGACUCAAAGCCUUGCGCGAACUAAAUGUACGCCGAAAUCUUCUCUGCGUCCUGCCAGAAGACCUGGCUGAGCUUCCUCUGGUGAAGUUUGACUUCUCCUGUAAUAAGGUGUCCACCAUCCCGGUGUGCUACAGGAACAUGAAGCAGCUCCAGUCGCUGCAGAUGGAGAACAACCCACUGCAGAGUCCGCCUGCACAGAUCUGCAUAAAAGGUAAAGUCCACAUAUUCAAGUACCUGAGCAUCGAAGCGUGUCGCAGCGAGAAGAUGCCAGACUCUCCGUACCUGCCCGUCAUGGAGCGACUCAGCCUAUCACGGCCCACCACCGGCAGCGUGGAGGACAUGGAGCAGCAGAAGAAGCAGGACAGCGACUCGGGAGUCGGCAGCGAUAACGGGGACAAGAGGCUGUCUGCUACGGAGCCCUCAGAUGAAGACAGUUUGAGUCUUAACGUUCCCAUGAGCAACAUCACGGAGGAGGAGGGAAUCGGCAAAGAUGAUUCCAGCGAACACAUCAGCUCCCUGACAGCGGACCCAAACUCAGACUCUGUGCGUCUGAUGGAGGAGAGCCCGACGGAGGUCCAGAGCUACAGAGACUCUGCUCUCAGCGACCGCUUCCUCAACUACAUCAAGGGUCGGACAACAGCAGACUUGGACGAGCCCCUCAGGAUAGAAGAAGACUCGCACUGGCAAACAGAACAAAGCUCGAAGGUCCCAGGCAGCACAGAGCUCCACUUUGACAUGAUUAACCAGCUAAAAGAGGCCGUGGAGCUGCUGCAGGACCCCAGCAGAGUGACUGCAGAGCAGGACGAACUGUCUGGGGUCCAGCUCUAUCCGGUGGAGAUGGUCACAGUCGAAGAAUCGUUCAAUGGGCAGGACAGUGAUGACGGCGCCACAUCACCACAGCGGGAUGACAGAUCUCCGGUCAGAGGACCUUCUUCCUUCUCCAGCCCCCCGUUCGGACUGAAGCCCCGUUCAGCCCCGCCCUCACUGCCGUGCUCCCCUCCUCCUUCCUGUCUAGACCCCUCCCUCCUCUCACAGGCCGCGCCCCUCGGUAGAGAUACACCCCGUAGCCAUGACGACGGAGGCAUGCAAAGCCGUGUGUUCCUGCGGAGCCACAAGAGCCUGGAGUCUGUGGAUCCUCAGUUCACCAUGAGGCGGAAGAUGGAGCAGCUGCGGGAGGAGCUGGAGCUGAUGGAGACGCUCAGAGAUAGCAUCGAGAGCAGGCUGAAGGUCGUGCUUCCCGAGGACCUGGGCGCGUCUCUGAUGGACGGCGUGGUGCUCUGCCACCUGGCCAAUCACAUUCGCCCGCGCUCUGUCGCCAGCAUCCACGUCCCCUCCCCCGCGGUGCCCAAACUCAGCAUGGCCAAAUGUCGAAGAAAUGUGGAGAACUUCCUGGACGCCUGCAGAAAAAUAGGAGUUCCAGCGGACAAGCUGUGUCUCCCGCACCACAUCCUGGAGGAGAAGGGCGUGAUGAAGGUGUGCAUCACGGUGCAGGCUCUGGUGGACGAGGCCUCGCCCAGACACUCGCUGCAGACGUGAGCGGAGCUUCCCGCCGGCACAACGGACCCCCGCACCGCGCCACCGCUCGCCUCUGCAGCCGCCCUGCAUCCUCCUUAGCAACAAGAGUCUUUUUAUUUCAUUAAGGAUGCAGAAAGGGAACUAAACUUGUCAGAAGUGGAUUUAUUUACUGGGGAACUUUAAAUCAUGCCGAGAGGGAGUCGGGUAGAGACCAGCAGCUGACUGGCUGCCGGUCCAUUCUCCCCUUAAAUCGUGUGUUUUUAGAUGAGUUUCUGGAGAAAGGUGAGUGAAAAGAAACCACAUUUGAGUCCACAGAAGCAUAGACACAACUUCACCUUUGCUUUGGGUUUUUAUUUGAUUUAGUAAAGGUUCACACUGGCUGGUACCAAAUUUGAAGACUGUCAUAGCAGUGCGACGGGAGAAAUCCUCGUUCUUGGACUCAUUGUAUUGAAAUUAUGUAGAACAAUGACAUUUGUUUGGGGGAAAAAAAGUUCUGAAAUGUUCUCAAAAAGUUCCCAUUUUAUCAAAAAAUGAAAGCAAGCAAUACUGAGUGACUUUUAAAUUAGCUUUUAAUUUAAAAUCCUGUAUGUUUGAGGUGAAAUUACAACGUUAUUGUUGUGACUUUUCUCAAGAAGAGAGUUUUACUCUCAGUUCAGUCUUUUCUUAUCUCCUUUUUUUUUUUUUUUUAAUCUCUGUUCUUCCCUCCGUGACCCUGGCUCUCGUCGUAGGUCUGGGAGAUUUUAAACAUCUUGGAUUUAAAUCUAAAUUAGAUGUAGAGUUUGUGAAGCAGCUCGUUUGCAGUCAGCCUGAACUUUUUAGUCCGCCACUUUGAAAUCUUGCCGUCUAUGCACACGUUUAAGCAAACCCUUACACGACUCUCUAAACUGCGGAAAGAGUCUGUUUUAUUUUCCUACUGAAGCUUCAGGUUAAGCGUUUCUGGGCUGCGUUUAGCUCUGUGUCCUGGGAAGAAAAAAAAAGCCAAAAUAAAAACGUCUUCAAGUGCAACUGGCAGGUUGAUAAUCGCAAUAAUUAAUGCGUAAGUAGUGAGAACCGUUUUUGAAACGGUAUAUCUAUAUGUUUAUAGUCUCUAUAUGCAAAAUAAGAUUUCUGAACACCUUAAAAACAGCUCGUCUUGAUAAUAAAUGCACAAACGAUGGACCACAGACCUGUAAACACAAACAUGGCUGCCAGCCCAAAUCUGAUUUUUAGCACGUGCAAAAACUAUCGUAUUAGAUGUAUUUGACCCAAAAGAAAUUUCUAAAGUGUGGUUUGUUUUUCUUUCUUUUUCUCAAGUUGGAUUCAGACCCCAUAUGGAGGUGGUUUUAAAAGUGAUUCUUAUCAGAUUUUCACAGAUGGGUCCAAACCAUCCAGUAGCUCAGUGAGGAUUUUAAAUUGUCUUUUCUGCGUCCACCAGAGUGACGACACACCGCUGCACUGACUAAACUCAACUAAACUAGUCGAGUUUAUUUCUGCACGCGCUAAACUAAACCAAGACUCCACAUCAACAAGAAAAUUAGCAAAUGUAUCUAACAAAUAAAAAUAAAAGCAUGAAAAGAGAACAAACAAGUCAAAGCAGCCCAGUAGCAUCCACUCUAUGCGUUUACGUUUCCAUAGCAACCACGUGACUCGAACUCAUUACUGAGAACGCACAAGUCAGAUUUGAUCAUUUACUAUAUAUGAUGUUAACGGUGGGUCAGAUCCAGUUCUUAUUGGAUGUGCUGAAUCUUGUAUCUGGGCUGGUGAACAGAACCAUCACAUGUGAGAGUCAUGAGGAGCGUUUCCACAGCCGGAGUUCUGGUCCAUUCUUCUGGCCCGGGCCGUUUGGGCGCGUUUCCAUUACCAGGAACGGCUCUGUAGAAGGAGAGUGCCGGUUAGAGCCAGCCAGAAUAUCAACACAGUAGGAGAAAAAGACGACCAACAACAAAGAAGGAACCGGAAGAAUGCCAACAAAAAAAGUGCGUGUGGCCCCACCUAUCAUCACGGAGUUGAACGCACCUCACUCAAUAAUCGAUGGUCUUCUCGGGCAUGUAUACUUGGAUUUCUGGGAAACUCCAGUUUAAUCCUUAACUAGAUUGUUGCCAACAGCUUGAUUCAGAUGUGUGUGUGUGUAACCACACUAACCUUGUAGAGGUUUCUGUCCCUGAACUCCUGCUAGUGGAAACGCACCUUUACAGAUCACGAGGGGAUCGUUUAAUCGUGGAAUAUUGACCAGACUCAAAAGCAAGGCAUUAGAGCUGGGGAGUGAGGGACAUGAAACACCGAUUAUUACAUUAGAAAGUAAAUAACUGAAGAUCUGUGUGUUUAAACACACAUUUCCACUAAACAUAGUUGAUUAAAUGUGAACGCUGCGACCUGCUGGUUGCACUUUCAGACGGCGGAGACAGCUUUUACAUGCAAUUUAUAUUUAAACCUGAACAUAUUUAUAAUAUAAAGAGAAGCUGAGAAUAUCUUUGAGUUGUUGUACAGAGUCAAAGAAAGAGCCCGAGACUAUUUUUCUCUAAUAUAUUUUAGCUAUAAUUGUGUAUGUUUCAGAACGUUUGACUGUAACUGUGUGGAGCUCUCUGCAUGUCCUGGUGUGGGUUUGUGGGGACGUUCAUCUGUGUCCGACACUUCUACAGUCACUGUUAGCUCUGCAUCCUCUCACAAUGUGUCGCUAGCCGCUGUCGACCCCUGAAAAUGAACCUGACGGACUUUUUAAGUAACUAGUGUUUGUGUGAGAUGCUGAUUUGUCAAUGUGCCAAAACCCACGUGGUGUUGAUGGAAAUGAACAAACACGAGUGAAAUAGCAGUCAAUAUGUUUUGAAAUGUAAAAACAAACUGUGGAUGGAUGACUGAGCGGGCUGACGGGAGACGGGAGCUUCCUGAAGGAUGCUGGGCGACUCCGCUGGGACGGUGCUGAUCCGUCACCUGCAGUCGUCAUCCAUCCACGGCUGCGCUUCUGCUUCCGGACUCGUCCUCCUCCGUCACACCGGAGUAACAUUUCUGUUAGUUUAGAUGUGAGGACGAGGCGGGUUGAUCCGAGGACACGCCUCCGGCUCCAGCAGUCUGGACCGGUGAGGAAUAAUUACACAUUUUUGAAAGCUACUUUCAAAUGUUCGGGGGGUUUUUUUCCCAAAAAACUUCCUUUCUUGCAGCUUUGCAGAGUAAAUUUGAAGUUAAUGUAGGGAAUCGUUCCUCUGGCCUGCUGACCGUGCGGAAAAAGGUGUGUGUGUGUGUGUGUGUGUGUGUGUGUGUGUGUGUGUGUGUGUGUGUGUGUGUGUGUGUGUGUGUGUGUGUGUGUGUGUGUGUGUGUGUGUGUGUGUGUGUGUGUGUGUGUGUGUGUGUGUGUGUGUGUGUGUGUGUGUGAGAGCUGUUGCUGUGUGAGAUUACAGACUUUGUGACUCAGGGUGGGUUUGGUUUACUGCACUGUUGAUGCCUCCUUCCACAGCGCGCUCUGUCAACAGUGUGUGUGUGUGUGUGUGUGUGUGUGUGUGGGGCCUUUUGAAUCACGUGGCACUGCAGACCUGGCACAAGCCGAGGCUCUAACGGAGCAGGAGGCUGUUCCCGACCCUGAACAGAUCCUACAACAGUCCGGUACUCGUUGGUACCAGCGCAUCACGUCAGACCAGCUGAGAAUGACAGAUUUUUUUUACCUUUCCAUUUUUAGUCAGCGGACUCGGUGUCCUGCUGAGGCGGCACAACUUGUUUUCAAGGAAAGUCAGAGUAAAGUCCUGACAACCGUGGAGUGUUUCUAAUGCAACAGUGUUCAAAUCCCAGACUGAAGCUGUUUUUAUACAUAAACCCAGAUCUCUGAUGUCCUCCAACCCGCUGGAGCUCCUCCUCCCUGAUUGGGGGUCACAGCCCUGACAGCUCCAGAUAAAGCUCUGCCUUCCCUCUUCUUACUCUGUCAACACAUGCCCUUUUUAUUUUUUAUUUUACAACUUCUUGUGUUCCUUCUUGACAUGACUUGCCACAUCCAUCACGGCUGCUUUCUGCCAGACCAGAACAAGGACUCAGUCAUCACCUGUUUAUCAUUCUGGAUCUGGAUCUUUCCAAUCCAAACUCUGUAAGCACUUGGUUUUUCAUGGGCAGCGUACCUUCCCUAAUCUCAGCAGCCUGCUGUUAUGACUCACAUUAUCUCUGGGACAGAGACAUCUUUCCUUUACCAUCACACGUAGGGAGCCAGAAGGUACAACAAACAUGCAACAGUAACGGAGGAGCCAGGACAAGAGGCCCUGGCUCACAUCGCCUCAACUUACCCACAAAUAGAAGUCUUCGUUAACAUCAUCAGAUGUGGGGGAAUCAGGACAUGAAUAGGGAGCUACUGCAAGCAGGGAAAUAUCAAGUCGUUGGAAUGUGAAAUACAUGCACAGACACAAAGAUAAACCUGCUUGUAUCUGUAUUAGUUCAAAUGACGCCCCCUGCAGGCAGACAGGUGGCCGACAACCAUGCAGCUUCUAGGGAUGGAGUCAACGUUAACAAUAGUGUCAUCUUGCUUUGGCUCGUGUCUUUUGAGGCCGAUUACCUAUAAACACUUGUUGCCAUGGAAACUUAACACCAACUUAAAAUUGCAAAUGAAAUAGCAACGAGCACAGCUGGUAGUUUCCCUUUUAAAAACCCUAAAGUAGUCUGGUUUGUGCUUCUUCUGAGUGCCAGAAUUCCUGAAAUUUCCACCGCUCCUUAAACUGCAGGCUUGUGUGAGUGAGAUGGUGUGUGUGUGCACGGGUGUGUAUGUGUGUCUUUGUUUGUUUGUUCUGUGCAGCUUGGUAUCCAAAGCUUGAGCUACUUAAAUAUUCAGCAGUUUGGGGAAAAAAAAAAAAAAAAAAAAAGAGUAAAUAAAUGCCUCCACUGGACAGAUUUGACAGUUGCCAAAACAAACCAUAUAAGUUUGUACAUAUUAUUUAUCACGAGGAUUUCCUUUUGUUGGGUUAAUAGUUUGUUCAUGUACUGUAAAACAGUUUGAUCUUCAAAAUAUCGUACAAACGAUUAAAAAAACAAUACAUGUUCACAUAUUUCAACACUACUGGCAGCUUUGUGAAGAAAAAUCAGUAUAUUUAUGUAAAUCUGUUUGCUAUUAAUGUGUAAUAACAGUAUUCAUUUCCCUCUCGGAUCAAAGAGGAGGAAGAGCAACACAUUGUCUUCCCGAUGUUUCUUACAUUCCCGGCGUCUGAUAGAUCGAUCGAUUGAAACAUCCUAAAAACAGCAGCUCAUGUCGUCACAGCGAUUCGUUAAACCAAACUGACUGCUCCCCGACAGAUUCUGCACUUUAAACUUUUGUGUUUUAUAUUUUUGUUUUGGCAACUGAGAAAAUCUUUAAUCACCUUUUCAGAUGAAAACAGAGUAGGUUAGACGUGGUGUAAAUGACGUGUGCGCCUGCUGAACGUAAAGCUUUUGUUUUGUAUGAACUUUAAACUUUGUAUGUACUCACUUUUUUGUACUUUUCUGACUGGGAGCAAAUUUAUUUUUAUGGGACUUCUCUUCAGGUUUGUUGAACUUUCGAUGUAAAAUGCCCUUUUGUAACUCUUUGUGAACUUUUGUGUAAUUUGUUGUACAGCAUGCAUGAAAUGUUCCUGUAACGUCGCCUUAACUGCUGUGAAUACUGUAUAUACUGUACUGUAUUUCUCAUCACUUUAUCAGUAAAGAGCUCACAUGUUGAAAA